AUGGGUAUUCCACGCUUCUUCAAGAUGCUUACUGAAAGAUAUCCUCUUUCAAUUGAAAACCAAGAUACUCGUGGUACAUACGAGAAUUUCUAUAUAGAUAUGAAUGGAAUCAUUCAUAUGCAAACUCAUGAUAAUGGAAAGCGCCGAAAAGGCCAAGUUGAAGAGCCUACAUGGGAUGAUAUGGCCGAGAAUAUCUGGGCCUAUGUUGAGAGUGUUGUUUCGUUUGUAAAACCAACAGAACUACUUUACUUAUCAGUAGAUGGACCUGUUUGCCGCAUGAAAAUGAACCAACAAAGAUCGCGUCGUUUCUAUAAGAUAGCAGCCGAGCCAACCGUCGGUUUUGAUCCCAACUGCAUUUCACCAGGCACUGAGUUUAUGGAGUUCUUACAAGAAAGAAUGCUAGAGUUCAUUGCCAAACGACGAGCAGCUCAAGCUAAGAUCUGGUCCGAAGUAACUGUUAUCUUUUCAGGCCAUCGUGUUCCCGGCGAAGGAGAGCAUAAGAUUAUCUCUUAUAUCAAAAACACAGCUGAACAGUGCAGUACCAAGCGACACUGUAUUCAUGGACUAGAUGCUGAUUUAAUCCUUUUGACUCUUCUGACCUCUAUGCCCCACUUCUCAAUACUAAGGGAAGAGAUGGACUUCCGGAACAACCGUACUGGUGGGUUUAUCUUCUUACACGCCCAUAUUAUUCGGGAGUACUUGUGCUUAGAAACAGGUAUGCGAGCUAAUGAUAAGAAAGCAGUUAAUGAAGCCGUUAAUGAUAUUGUUUUUAUUAUGGCCUUAUUUGGUAAUGAUUUUGUUCCUGGUAUUUUCAAUUUGUUAGUUUCAUUUGAUAGUUUGCUGAUUUUGUAUCGUGAUUACCGGCGAAGGACACGAGUGGCUUUGCAUAAGAACGGUCGGAUUAAUUGGGGAGCUCUCUACCUCUUUUUAGAAGAAGUAGUGGUUUAUGAGCGCUGUCUUAAUGUCCACCAGGCCUUGCAAUUAUCUCCACCAGAGAAGUUAUAUACGUAUCGAGGCGUACUAGAACGAGUCUUAGCUAAAGAAAGUGCUGCACUCGUUAAUACAGCCAAGUUAUUUAACCAAAGACUGGUCAAGGCCGGGGGAGCGCCUAUGUAUACGACUAAGGCGGAGAUACAAGCAGUUCGACUGGCCAAGCAACCUACUGCCGCCCAAGUUCAAGCCACCCGGACUUUACCAGUGAUAGAUUCAGCCGGGAAAGAGGCCGGACAAUUGCUUUGGGAUGCAAUGCGUGAAACUAGAUACCGGGAAAAGAAGAUUGAUGUAAAUCAUACUUUUGAUUAUUUGAUGAGUUUACAAUGGCUUUGCCAGUACUACUUUGCUGAAUGUGAUUCUUGGAGUUGGUUUUAUCCAGAGCACUAUUCAGUCUUUUUAACUGAUGUUGUACAGGCCCUUAAGAUACUUAUUGCUGAGAAUCCUAAUGGGUCUAGUCUAGAGAUAGAAAAGGAUUUAGAAGAAAGAACUGGAUACGCACGUGAUGGACCUAUUUCUCCUUUUGUGCAACUUCUAGGUAUUCUUCCGGCGGCUAAUAAGGACUUACUGCCUAGUGCGCUUCGAGGUGUCUUUACUGAACUAAGUGAGUACUAUCCGACUGAGUUUACUAUUGAUCAAGAUGGUAAAAAGGCUGUUUGGGAGUCUUUGUGCUUAAUUCCCUUUGUGGAUAUUGCUAAGAUUCAAGCUGCAGUUGAUAAGCGAAUUCAAAACGUACCUAGUGCCGAUCUAAUCAGGAAUAAGCAAGAUGUUUUGCGUAUUUGGCGAGUUGGAGCAACUAAGGCCGAAGAGAUUCCCUAUGAAAGAACCUUUGAAGCGUACCAAACUCUUUUGCAGUCGGUUCCUACUCCGUCUAAAGCACAAAUCUACAUUCCUUCUCUGUUUGCCAAACGAGUUGUCUCAACUAUGUCCAAAGUAAUGAACUCGUGCUUUGGCGGCGAGCGCAAGCGAAUGGUGCUUAGUCUUAAACCAUGUGCCGAUUUAAUGGCUGCUUUGGAAAUGAUAGCUGUAGCUGAGAUGACUGCUGAGUUAGAGCAGAAGGCCAGUUGGAUCUUUGGCGGUGGCUAUACUUACUGUGGAUUCCCUUAUCUCACGCCUUGCCAGGUGAUUGCUAUUGGGUACAAGAAAAGAGUUCUGGCCGUGGAGAAGGAUCAACUUGUCUGUCGUCAUGAGGAACUUUCGCCCGAUGAGGCUGAAGAGCUGGAAAAGGCCGCCCGGCUUCUGUUCAAAAGAAGGGGAAUCUUUGUGCAAGACCGAGCCAGCUAUGUUAUUUGCAGUGUUAAUGGCCGGAAGCGCAUCUUGCCAUUAGAAGUCUUAGUAAGUAGCAAAAGCAUCCAAAUGGUUUAG